AUGCGUUUAAAAGAUCGAUUUGAAGAUUUUGUAGUAGAAAUCAAGAAUAGUAUGGAUAAAGGCGUUGAAAAUGAAAAUCUCGAUAUAAUCAACCAAGGGCUCCGAUACUUACUAAUUGACUGGCCCCUUACCGUUAUCUUCGAUCCUGGAGGAGAU